AUGAUCUACAAAUCUUUUCAUCCACGUCUCAUCUUAGAGACUAGACCAGGUAGGAUGGUACAAUUCGUCAACCAAACAGGUACAAAAUGUGAAUGGAUAACAGGGAAAGGUCUAGAAUGUGUUGUACCUCCUUCAUCAGAACCACAAGUCACAAAUCAUAUUCAUGAAAGUGUGCUGGAAGCUGUUCUCAGAGAACAAUACGAUACCGUUGGCAUACAAUUCCCCGCCCCACUCAAACCCUCCCAUGAUCCCAAAGUCAAGGUCAAACCAAGCCCAGCGUGUUUCUCAGCAUACGUCGUACCACCACGAAGCAAACCUCUCAACGCUCUACACGCUCCGUCAGUCAAAGGGAAAGGUAGAUGUACUUUAGAGGAAGUCACCACAUUUUUGUGUCAAAUUUUAGGAGGAAAAGAUGAUGCUUUCGAUCAUCAAGCAGGUGUGAGGGAGGCUUAUGUGGUAGAUUGGGCCAAUAGGGGUAUGACGGUCUUAAUCAAGGUGAGAAGAGAGGUAUAA